AUGGUGGAAGUAUGCAACUAUUUAGUGGUUUCGGUCCCUCAACAAUAUGUCCUGUCACCUGCCAACUCCCCUGCCGUGUUAAUCCACUGGCGCGCCCUAAGUAUACUAGCUGCAAUCCUUCAGCCAGAAGACAGGGACUAUUGGAUAUCGAUUUUCCCUUGUCCUUCUGACAUACAGCUUCAGUCAGUUAAGAGUCUACCGGUGGCUUUCGAUUCGCAUUUUCAUAUUGACCGGUUGAGAAAUGCGGCUCAGGUCCCUUGCAUGUCGGUUGAUGAGUUGAUGGAGCUGGGUCAGGUGGAGGAUCACCAGCGAGUAAGAUUGGUUGGUGGCAUUGGGAUCUUUUGUGAUCCCAAGACCUUCCCAUCCCCCAAAGACAUGUCAGGUCUACCAUCCAAUGUUGGAGUGGUAGUCGGACUGCACCCAAAACACUCUACUAUGAGCAAGGACCGCAUUAACAAUGCUCUAGAUCGCGUCCGCAAUAUGCUCAAGUGUGAAAGGGUGGUUGGCCUUGGUGAAAUUGGUCUGGAUCACUCAGUACCUGAUAAACAGUGGCCACGCCAGAAUGAUUUAGUGCGUGCAAUGUUGCACAUGAUCAAUGAUCGCCAUGUGGUGGUCGUUCACUGUCGUGGGGUAUCUGGUGACAGUGGAGUGGAGGCCUAUCUUCAGCUUCUGCACCUUCUGAGUCCCAUUUCAAGGACUCAGAGAUUUCAUGUCCAUUAUUUCACGGGCGACACAUAUGUCUUAACAAUGUGGCUUGCAGCCUUCCCGAACAAUUUCUUCAGUUUUAAUAGAAAUGUUCAGGGAUUCAGUAUGGACCAAUCUGAGGCUUUUCUUGAUGUAAAUAAGCUCCUUCUUGAGACAGAUGCUCCCUACUUCCGUGCGACUGGCAAAUGGUUUUCAGCACCAAAUUAG